AUGGACUACUCGUACCUGAACCAGGCCGGCUUCGACACGUCAGGAUGCCUACAAGGACCCGCGCCAGGUAUGGUAGAUAUGACGAGCCUGGGAGGCAUGCCGUGCACGUACGGAGACCUAUCGUCGUGCAGUCAAAUGUCUCAGGCUGCUUACCGAUAUACCGCGAGUAUGGCGGCGUCCAGGAGCGUCGGCUAUGGUUCAGGUACGGCCGGACAUCACACCGGCGUCAGUUCCGCCGGUCCCUGCUCCGCAAUGAGCGUGCGGCCGCAUCCGCAGGACGUACGGGCGGCUAUGUUCCCUGCUUCCAUGGGACUUCAAAGUGGUCUUCCAUACAAAGUGUAUCCUGGGCACGACGGUGGAGCACUGACGGAAAAGCGAAAACAGAGACGCAUUCGGACUACGUUUACAUCGGCCCAGCUCAAGGAAUUAGAACGAGCAUUUCAAGAAACGCAUUAUCCGGACAUUUACACGAGAGAAGAGAUAGCCAUGAAAAUAGACUUGACUGAAGCGAGAGUACAGCAACCAUUCGCAUCGGACAGCGCGCAACGUGCAGCGAUCGGCGUGCUUAUGGUGACGGUCAGUCAGUGUAACCCAACAAAGGUUUGCCAAGUGUCAUAG